AUGACCACGACCACCGCCGAUAGCGUACGCCCCGACUUCGACGACGCGGCAGGGUUUCUCGGCGUCGAGCCUCAAUCCAUAGCUGCCGCUGAGAGCAGUCUCAUAUCAGCCAUCUGUGCGAAAGCCCACGAAUUCCACCAACUACAAGCUCAAAACCUUGAGUAUAGCGUUGUUGCGGACGAGCUGAGAUCCACUUCGGAUCGCAAGACGAGUGCUCUCAAGACCCAAAUCCAGAAUAUACUACAGGAAUUAGAGACAGCUCGCUCGGAGGGUCGGGAGUCUGGGACGGUAAAGAGUCGACUUGAAUCCGAACUCCAAAACGCCCAAGCAGAAUUGCAGACUAUUCUACUUCAGAAUAAAACCCUGGUAGAGCAGCGUGAGAUACUCGAAGGUGGCAAGAAAGAAGUCGGCGACUUGCUGAAGGAGAAGAUCCAGGAUAACGCUGCGCUGAAGCGCGAAACAGAAUCGCUACUCACGGAUAGUCGCCAGCUGCGCAGCAGAUGCCUUGAGUUAGAGACCGAUCUACGCGAGGCGAAGUCCCAGCAACUAAACGGUAAAGCCGAGUUUUAUCGCCUGUCUCAAGAGCUCGAGCUUGCGAAUUCCAAUAUCUCAUGGCAGGAGUCCCAGCUUUCACAAUUGAACUCCAACCUUUAUGAAUACAAGCAACGAUCAGAACAGGAAAUUUUGGCGGUCCGUCAAAAAGCAGAGAAAUACGACAUAGAACUACAGGGCUCUCGUCAGAACAUAGCUCUGCUGAAAGAAGAAAACAGCAAAAUAGCUAACGACCUGCGUUUCCAGCUGGACAAAGUCAAGCGUCUUACUGACGAGUUGAAUUCUGAGAAGCAUGAGUUUGCACGCGAGAUAGAUUUAAAGCAACGGUUGAUUGAUCUAUUAGAAAGGCAAGUACAAUCCCUGAAGGACGAUCUGGAAUUACAUGGGCCAGCUCAUCAGACGACUGUAGACCCAUCAAAAAUAAUGGAGCAGUUAAAUCAGUCUACGCGACUACUGUCUGAAAAGGAGGUUGAAAUCGAAAAGUUGCAGGAUACGGUCCAGGAGCUUCUGUCCAUGAAAGGUACUGACGAAAGUCCCGAAAGGAGCACUUUGUCUGUGGCCAGUAACCCCACUUCAAUUCCUCAGCUAUAUGGCGAUAUUAGUGUCCUGAAGAAGGAGCUCAUACACGAGAGGCGUCAAAAAGAGCAUUUACAAAAUCAAGUUGAAGCGUUUGUGGUGGAAUUGGAAGCCAAAGUUCCCAUGCUUACCUCCUUCAAAGAUCGGAACGAAAUGCUUGAAAAAGAGCUUCGCGAGACCGCGUAUAUGCUGGAAUCAGUCUCGAAGAAUAAAGACGAUAUGAAAUUUAAACUGGAAAGAAUUUUAGCCCAGUCCCGUGACUACGAAAAUCAGAUUCUCAACCUCACACGGCAGCGCACUGACCUCGCGCAUCAGGUUCAGUUCUUACUAGUUCAAGUGAGUGUCAAAAACGAUUCUAACGGCCCGCUUACUGUUGAGGAAACUGCUUUUGUGAAAAAAAUAUUAGAUUCGGAGGACUUCGAAGUGGUACAUGACACUCAAAAAGUGAUUUCUCAGAGAUUAGUAGAGUUUGAAAAUAUUGUUGGAUUACAAUCGAAAAAUGCGGAGUUACUGGUAACUAUCAGAAAUUUAGCUGACAAAUUAGAGGCAGAAGAGAAACAGGCCAAAGCCAGAAGCCAAAAGAUUGAUGGCGAUGUCAUCAAGGAAGCAAAGGAAGCUAUUACCACCCUUCAAGAGCAUAUAAAGGAAUUGGAAAUGAAGCUCGAAGUGAUUACCAAAGAACGCGACGCAUUUAAAACAAUUCAUCAAACACCUCAAUCCAAAUCGCCACAUGCCGCUGCAAAUGGGACGAGCGACGAUAGGUCUCAUGACAAGAUCGAGGAAUUUGCUACUCACUUGAAGGUAGCUAAGCAGGAAGCUGAAACUAACAUGAAAAUGCUUAACACUGAAUUACAAGGGCUGUUGAAAUCUAGAACAGAACUACUCGUAGAAGUUGAAAAACAAAAGUCGUCAAAGGUUUUGGCAGAAGAAAGAUUAAGAAUAUCCCAAGAAUCGUUGAAUUACACUAAACAAGAAAAUAACCAGUUGAGCGAAAGGUAUCACAGACUCCAGGAAAACAUUCUGCAACAAGACACCAGAACACAGGAAACGAUAAGCGAGUUAAUCAAAUGCAAAUCUCAGGUAGCAACUUUGAAUAUUGAGCUAAAAAACUCCACGUCUAGGUUCGAUGUCCUCAAAAUAUCUCACGAAGAAGCCAAGAAAGACAAUGACAGAAUAAUUAAGGAGCGUAAUGAUCUCUCUAUACUGGUAUCCCAGCUACAGACUUUGCAGAAUGAAAGGACGGCCAUGUUGACGAAUGCUGAAAAGAGCUUUCAAGAGAAAAUCUCCUUUUUAGACCAGGAAGUCUCUAUGCUCCGUUCUCAAUUGUCCGCAAAAACUGACGAGUUAAGUACUUUCCUUGCCGGCAGUGACUCGAAAAGCCACUGGUAUCAAGAAAAAAUUGAUUCUUUGAAUACUGCUUUAAGCGAAUUGACUGAAAAGCUAACUACGCAAACCCAAAUAGCUCAUGAACUUGAAGGUCAAUGCAAGGUGCUCAAGGACAGUCUAAAGGAAUCUGAAACUAAGGUGCACACUUAUCGCGUUGCUUCUGACGCAGGUGAUUCUUUGACUCAUGGUGAGAAUAUGAGAAAAGAGCUGGAAUUGACGCAAAUAAGCUUGAAGGAUGCUUAUUCACAGGUUGAGGAGUACAGAAACUUAUACAACACUACUGGGGAGGCCCUUUCCAAAAUGACAACCGCCCUUGAAGCUCUCAAGAGUGAGCAUUCCAACGAAAUUUUGAGCCUACAAAAGCAAGAGGAAUCUUUGAAGGAUGAGAUUUCAAAAGCUAAGGCGGAUCUUGCUACUAUUACAGAGGAGCUCAGAAAAGAAAAAGACCGUGCUCAUUUGUCAAAGACCGAGUAUGAUAAUCAAUUGAGCGCAAUAGAAUUAGACAAGAAGUCGAUUGACGACAUCAAAAAUCACUUCCAAGCACAGGUGGAUCAACUGACAGCCGAUUUGCACACACAGGCUUCAUAUGCCAACAAGGCCCAGAGGGAUUUCGAGCAAGUGCUGCAACGACAUGCCGACGACUCGAGGAGUUUGAGCAUCUUGAGGGAGGAAUCCCAAUCUUUUGUACACCAGAUCAAGAGUCUAGAGGCCACUUGCCUUGAGCUGAACAAAUCUUUAGAAGACAGCGAAAAAUCUUGGGCACUCGAAAAGGAAGAAUACGAGACUCAGCUUGCUGCAUUUAGCGAUCGUGUUGAAGAUCUCUUGACUCAAAAUAGACUGCUUUUCGAGCAGAUCAGUUUACAUGAUCCAAAAUCGCCUGCUCACAGUGAUACUGGAGACGGACAAAGGCCAAUCGACGAUCUAAUUCUGACGCUAAGAAGAGAGUGCGAAAUAUACCAAACUAAACUCGAGGUUACAAAGAAUGACGAGAGUUUGCUCAGAAAGAGGUUAAAGCUUAUGGAAAACGACUUACUGUUGGCUCAAGAAAAAGUGAAGAGCUACGAAUCAACCGAGAAUAAGCAUUCAACAAGUGCAGAAGAUCAUAAGGAGAUUUUGAGACAGUUGGAUCAGCUUAACUUAUUGAGAGAGAGUAAUAUAACCUUGAGAAAUGAGCUGCAAGAAAAAUCCAAAGUUAACCAAGACCUCGAGGCCAAAAUAAAGGAUUUAGAAUCUUUGUUAGAGCCUCUCAGGGUUGAGAACCAAAAAUUUUCUGGAACUUUGGCCAACAGAGAUCAACAAUUGAUUCUUCUGGAGGAAGAGGUGAAGCGUUGGAAACAGAGGUCGCAGGAUAUCUUACAUACGUACGAGCGUGUUGAUCCUGAGGAACACAGGGGCAUGAUUGACGAGCUGACAAAGGUGAAAGCCGAACUACUUGCAAAGAACGAUCAAAACGCAGAACUUGAAGACCGCUUCCAAAGGUUAAAGAAACAAGCACGUGAGCGUCUCGACACCUCAAGAGCCGCUCAGACUGCGUUGAAUGCUGAAGUCAAUGAACUACGCGAGGAGAAGAAGUCCACAGAGUUGAGUCUUCAAAAGGAGAGAGAGACAAUUAAGCAGCUGGAAGAAGUUAUUAGUACCCUUCAAAACGAAAAUGCCACUCAAGAUCCACAUCUUCAAGAAGAAUUAAAUAAUGCACUCCAAAAGUUGACCACAUCCGAUGCAAGAAUACAAGAUCUUGAACAGCAAAUCACCAACAGCGAUAGCCAAUCGAUCUCAGAAUUAGACAGCCUAAGAGAGCAGGUGAAGGGGCUCGAAGAUCUUCUCGACAAUGCACGAAAGGAAGCUAUCAAUCAAGAAGCCACUAGAUCAUCUGCGUCCGACAUUGAAGAUAUCAAGGAAAAUAUCAGACGGGAAUUGGCAGAGCAUAGCGACAAGAUUUUACAAGAAAGGGAAUUUGAACUCAAAGCAAAAUAUCAAGAGAUGCAAGCAGAGCAAGAAAAAAUGUUUGAACAGAAGUUAGCAGAAAUGCCUCCCACCACCACCGAGGAUAUUGAUGCUUUGAAGAAAGAGUGGGAGGCCGACUUUGAAAAGAAGACCCAAAAACGGAUUGAGGAGGCAAACGAACUGCUGCGAAAGCGGAUUAGACUCCCCACAGAAGAAAGGAUCAAUAAAAUCAUAGAAAACAGGAGAGCAGAGCUAGAGCAAGCAUUUGAUUCUAAGGUUGAGCGCCGAGCAACGGAAAUUUCAAGGCAAGAUCCGACAGUUCCCAAAUUAGACGACAUCACCGAAAAGUAUCAGAAAGAGAUUGAGGAUUUAAAGGAAUCUCUCAAAAAGGAAAUGGAAGGUGAGAUUGCUCAGGCAAAAAAGAAGGCUUUCGACGAAGGAAAACAACAAGCAGGUAUGAAAUCCAUCUUUCUGGAAAAGAAAAUAGCGAAACUGGAAGCUCAAGUUAAGGCGAAUAAUCCUAGCGUGAGUGUCAGCAGCAACAACAGCGCUGGGAGCGAUCUGGCUCCGCCUAAUAAUGUGGGUGGAGACCCGAAUGCCGAGAAACCUGGCGCUAUCGCGGCGGUGUCUCCGUCCCAGGUAUCAGAUGUUGAUAAUAUCACCGGUCGGGCCAAAGAGGGACCCCUGGCUCCUAUAAAAACUCAACCGUUUGCAUUUUCUAUCCCCAGCCAAGGGCAAAUAGAUGCUAGCCCAGCUCCAGACGCUGUUUCUUCGCAGCAAAACUCGAGUCCCAUCAAGAGAUCAUCAAGUAACGCAGAACAAAAUGAGAACGACGAGAUAUAUAACAAGAGAAGCAAGUCUGAGCAGCAACCUUGA